UUCUUCUGACAUCAGCCAGCAGUCAGAUCUACCGGGGCCGUAAGGGUGUUGAGUGCAUCGAAUACAUUUGCAUCGUGUUGUUGUUACUUUUUGGAGAUCGUAUUUGAAUAAUUGAUCGAGGUCAACUACAGCGGCAGCAGUUAGUGAUAUCAGCCGAAACAUGUCCGACUUCGAUGUCGUCCCAGUGGCGGUUGGCGUGCUGGUGGUAGUCGCCGGUGCUGUCAUUGCCAACUACCUUCUCAACAGCAGCAAGAAAGACAAAAGCAAAUCCGGCAAGGAUGAAUCGAAAAAGCCCUCCAGCUCCCAGCUGCGAACUCUGGUCGAUUCACAGGAAAAGUACCUGCUUCCACUGAUCGAAAAGGAGGAAAUCUCACACGACACCCGCCGAUUCCGGUUCGGGCUGCCAUCGGCGAAGCACAUCCUGGGGCUGCCGGUCGGUCAGCACAUUCACCUGUCGGCCACCAUCAACGAGGAGCUGGUGAUCCGAGCGUACACUCCGGUUUCCUGCGACGACGAUCACGGCUUCGUGGAUCUGGUCGUCAAGGUGUACCAGAAGGGAGUGCAUCCCAAGUUCCCGGAGGGUGGCAAAAUGUCGCAGCAUCUGGAAAGUUUGGCUAUCGGUGAUCGGAUUGCGUUCCGCGGUCCGUCCGGACGGUUGCAGUACCUGGGUAAUGGCAAGUUUUCGAUCAAGAAGCUACGCAAGGAUCCGGCGCAAAUUUACGAAGCCGAUAUGGUCAGCCUGAUUGCCGGUGGAACUGGCAUCACCCCUAUGCUACAGUUGGUUCGUGAAAUCCUCAAGCACGCCGAUACGGACAAGACUAAGCUGUCUCUCAUCUUUGCUAACCAGACCGAAGAUGACAUUCUGCUUAAACCCGAAUUGGACGACCUGGUUGCUCGCUAUCCGGACCAGUUCAAACUGUGGUACACCUUGGAUCGCCCGAAACCCGAAUGGACCCAAGGUCAGGGCUUCAUCAACGAUCAAAUGAUCAAGGAGCACCUAUUUGAACCAUCCUCGAACACUCUGGUGCUGAUGUGUGGCCCUCCGCCGAUGGUCAACUACGCUUGCAUUCCAGCACUGGAAAAGCUGGGCUACCAGAUGGAUCGUACCUUCGCUUAUUAAGUUAUUAACAAUCUCCCUCACCCGUUCCGAGAACAUCGAAAAGACAUGGUUCAUACAUUAUUACAUUUGAAUCUUACAAAAA